UCAUGUUUGAAAAGAAACAUUGAAAAGAAACAAUCCAUACCUAGAUCUGUCUGUUCUCUGCUGAAAAUAUCGAAUGAAUGAAUCGAAUCAACGAACGUUCGAGAGCGGUAAAAACUCUUCAACUUUCUAGAUUUUAUGAUGGAUUCAAGUCAGACGACACCAAGAGAUCGAUCAGUAGGCAGUGCAAAAUGGGGACUAGGGAUUGUGAAGAAAGUCAAGAUGGGAAAGAGAGUAGAUAAGACACAAAAAGAUAAAGGACCUCCAUCAUCAGUUCAAGAUAAUGAAGAUGAUGCCAAUAAAACACCAGAACCCUACACAUGUACAGGUCACUUUGAGGCUGACUUCAGUGAACUAUGGCGUCGGGCGGGGCUACAGGUCACCGAGAUGCCCCCAGUAGUCAUCCGCCCCAAGAGACCAGGUACGCCUCCCCCUCCAGACCCAAAAGCUAAGGGAGCCGAUCAAACACCAGAGGAUAAAGUAGAAGAUGAUGGAGAGGAACCUAAACCAAAGACAUAUGUUACCAAGGAGAAGUUCUCUUACUUUAAACCUAAGAUUCAUGUAGAGAUGGAAAAAGAGGAUAAACAGGAUACUGUCACAGAAAUCUUUAUCAGAGGUUGGAAGAUUGAUGAAACAAUGGUUGGAAUCUUCAAGCAGUGCUUCCCAGCAAUAGAAAAACUCCAUACCAUCAACUUAUGGAACACUAGCUUGACAGAAAAAACAUUAAAGGAAUUGUCAUCGUUCUUGCCUCAAUGUCAGAAUCUAAAGAAUGUGACAGUUGAAGGUAAUCCCAUCCCUGAGGAGCCUUGGGCAUGUCUCAUUGGGGAAGACAGCAUAAUCGUCAACUUAUCAUUGCGACAUAACAACAUCUCUGAGAAAGGAGCUAAGGCGCUAGGUCAGGCCAUCUCAAAUGAGAAGACUUGCAAUAAAAACUUACUCUCUCUCAACCUAAGCAAUAACAAGCUUGGGGAAGCUGGUGCGAUAGUUCUGUUGGAUGGUUUAAGAAUGAACCGAGUGCUUCUAUCAUUGUCACUGGCUAGUAAUGAAUUGACAGACAAGGCAGCUAUAUAUGCAGGUGAAAUCCUCUCAAGAUUUCCUCUCACACAUACUGAAGUGGUAGAAAGACGUAAAGCACUCAGUGAUAAGGGCUCACCAGAGAGAGGAAGUGGCAAGUCGCCACCCCCUUCCAGAAGAGCGGAGUCUAAAGACAGACCAGGAAGUGUGAAGAGCGGUAGCCAUCUUGAUAAAACAGAUAAAAAGAGAGAUAAAUCAUCUAAAAGAAAGGAGAUUGUAAAAAUAAAAGAAGAAACAAAAACUUCAAAGGGAGGCCAUUUGGAUGGCAAGAAAGAAAAGGAAGAAGAGAAGACAAAAACAAGCAGAUCAUCCAUGGCUUCAUACAGUGAUAGCAAGAAAGAUAAAGAAGAAACACAGAAAGGAGGAACAAAGAAAGAUGACAAAUGGAAGAAAGCUGGCUUUAAAAUGUCCUUAACUGGUGGUGGCCGUGCUACUGCUGUUACCAUAGAUACCCAACGUCAUGGAUCAAGAGCUGAAACAAUGAAAGCAACAAAAGGAAAAACCAAAGGAAAAGACAAGAAACAGAGUGAGGCAGAGUCACCUGAUAUAUUAGAAGCUAUUAAUCCUUUGAUAGCAGAGCAACCUGAGUCUAUUGAUGGUCAACUGUGGAUCCCAGGAAACAGAGCUUUGAUUAAUCUCAAUCUUACACGUAAUCACAUUGGUGAAUCAGGAAUGAAAUCUUUGUUAUUAGCUGUACAGUAUCAACAAACAUUGAGCACUCUUUCACCCCACCCUGCACUCAAAGGAUUAAUGAGAUUAUCAAUUACAAAGAACAGUGUUUCUGGGCAGUGUGAGACUUAUCAGAAGUUGCAUGAUCUGAUGAUUCAAAAAGAUCCAUUCUACAAGCCUCAAUCACAGAGUCCUUCAGGAGACAACCAGUCAACUGCUGGUUAACCCAAUGAUCUAUUCUACUAGCCCCAGCCAUGGAGUGUUUCAUAAGAUGACCAAUCAACUGCUGGUUAACCCAAUGAUCUAUUCUCCUAGCCCCAGCCAUGGAGUGUUUCAUAAGAUGACCAGUCAACUGCUGGUUAACCCAAUGAUCUAUUCUACUAGCUCCAGCCAUGGAGUCCUUCAUAAGAUGACCAGUCAACCGCUGGUUAACCCAAUGAUCUAUUCUACUAGCCCCAGUCAUGGAGUCCUUCAUAAGAUGACCAAUCAACUGCUGGUUAACCCAAUGAUCUAUUCUACUAGCCCCAGCCAUGGAGUCCUUAAGAUGACCAGUCAACCACUGGUUAACCCAAUUCUACUAGCCCCUAGCCAUGGAGUUCUUCAUAAGAUGACCAGUCAACUGCUGGUUAACCCAAUGAUCUAUUCUACUAGCCCCAGCCAUGGAGUCCUUCAUAAGAUGACCAGUCAACCGCUGGUUAACCCAAUGAUCUAUUCUACUAGCCCCAGCCAUGGAGUCCUUCAUAAGAUGACCAGUCAACUGCUGGUUAACCCAAUGAUCUAUUCUACUAGCCCCAGCCAUGGAGUCCUUCAUAAGAUGACCAGUCAA